UCACAAACUGUUUGCUGAUAGGCGCUCGUAGCCCUUUUAUUGACGAUGGCAGCGUUCUGUUUCAGUGUCUAUUAGCCGGUCACCUGGCCUUUCUCGAUCUUCGUUGCCGUCCCUUCGCUUGGAUACGUACAGUGGUUGCACGCGUCGAUCCUCAUUCACGUGUCUACUUCAUGUGCAAAUCACCCUGAAAAGCAUAUGUAGUCCCGCAUCGCCUGUGAUUACUUCUCCAUGCUCUUGUGGCCUGCAGUCCCUCUUCGCGAAGCAACAGGGAGGCAAAGUGGAACGGACCGCUUCGGCCAGCGUGUUCUCCGCGUUCGUUGAGGAUCAGUCGGGUCGCCGGCGCAACUUUCAAGCUCAACAACCGUCGCCACACGCCUCGGCAAGACAGCCCUCUCGCCUUCGCGAGUACUCGAAACAAAGGCACUACUCAGACAUCCAUCUUCUCGCAGCCUUCUCGACUCGUCAAGGUUCCGAUACUCAAGUAUACCAGGAGUCUCGACGCUUUUCCCCUCCACUUUUGCGCCUCCGACCUUGUCCACCUUGGUUCUCGCACUAGCCUCGCUAAUCUCACAUCCCGCUCACACCCUUCUCACGAGCAAGAUCUGGACCCUGCAAGAAGGAUUUCCAGCGUUCGCAGAUCAGUUCCCUUUCCUUUCUGCGUCCACGUUACGGUCAUCCAGGUUGCUGACGCAGUCGUCCUUCACCAUGUCGGUGGCCACGCAGUCGCACGGCCCGUUCCCUGACUUUACGCAGCUGGCUCCCACAAUCUGGUACUACUGCCCCAAGACGAAUGCUGCAAAUGGAAACGGCUCAAUCAAAAAGCAGCCUGACCUGGUGAUUCUGUCGACGUGGAUGGGGGCAGCGCCAAGACACAUCAUGAAAUACGUCACGGGCUAUCAAAAUCUGUUUCCGAAGUCUCCUAUCCUUAUGUUAACCAAUAGCAUUGGUGACAUUGUUCUGAAAACGCACAAGCAGCAUAAAGAACACCUGAAGGGCGCCAUCCGUGUUAUCCAUGAGACGGCGUCGACGAUCCAGAGCCCCAAGAUCCUCUUACAUCUGUUCUCGAAUGGCGGUGCACACCACAUUGCUCAUCUUGCAUUCCUCUACCAGCGUCAAUUCCACACGCCGCUCCCUAUCACAGGCAUGGUCCUUGACUCAGCACCCGGUCGGGCCACCUAUGGCAGAUCUGUCGCCGCUAUGUCGGUAGGCCUGCCGCGUUUCUUCCUGCUUCGCCUUCUAGGUCUACUCGUCAUCCACUUUCUAUGCGCCUCUAUGUGGGUGCGACAUCAUAUCUUUCGACAAGAGAAUAUCAUCACGAAAGUGCGACGCCAGCUUAUAGACCCUCAACUUUUCCCAACUUCUGCCCCCAGGGUCUACAUCUAUUCGAAGACUGACAGAAUGGUCGGAUGGAAAGAUGUAGAAUACAACGCAAACCUUGCAAAAGAGAACGGUUAUAGCGUUCGAACUGAAAGAUACGAAAAUACAGAGCACGUUGGACACUUAAGAAAGGAUCCAGAGCGAUACUGGGAGGCUGUACAAGCGGCCCUGACAUAGUCACAACACCGGAAGACCGGGGCAGCUGCAAACUUGAUGCGAAGCAAACAGUUGGAUUCGGUAAUAAUAGACGAUAAGCGGAGUUGCAUAGAACGAGACAAUUUUCUGGCUAAGACCAGGACAGUAUCUAGAUCGCUAUACGGCGGCGCCAGUUCAGACAAAGAAGCUACACAGAAGUGUCAGCAACGUGAUGAGGAAGCGUUUAAGCAUAACAAAGGCGGGUGGCCUUGACGCUGUGUGGAACCGUGCACUGAACAAGAAGAUGAAUACCGCACAUUAUUGUCGAUGGAUUAAAGUUCGCCCUUUCACCAAGAGAAAAACAGAAAGGAAAGAGACGACUAAUUGGAGGAAGGUUUAAAUGAUUUGAGAUACCGCCACAUUUAUUUUCGAAUCCUGGUUACGCUUCCUCUGUGUAUCCUAAACUUCCCUGGUCUCGUCGUUCGAACUUGUCGACAUGCUUGUUCGAAUUGUGUAAUAUCAACCUCAUAUGCCUCUUCAUUAUUGGCAUCUUCGUCGACUUCAAUGAUAU